UCAACUCGGCUUCCCGUCUUCGUUCCUGCUUUGCUCCCUCUCCUUCACACUUCCACAUAAUUUGUUUGGUGAAACAGCCAUUCAACACGCGUUUAAUCAUCAUAUUGAUCCAUUGGAAGGGGUCGUUUGGGCAGGCCCAUAUCAAUCAAAACUAUCAUUAUUUGGGAUCACGAGCAGCAGAGAGAACUCGGAAGACUGACCCUCCAUUCACUUUCCCAGGUUUUGGUCUCAGUUAAUUGGCCGCUGUCUGUCAACUUUCGAGGGACUUUAAGCUUUCAUUCCCACUUUCGACAACGGCAAAGAAACAUGUUUUAAGCUCGGUCAGCUAUCGACACAUUUCAAUACCGACUGAGAGAGCGCCUACGACUGCAUAUUCAGAGGAGGCAGCGAGAUAUUAGAGACCGACCGUCCAAGUCUUGCCCGGGACGGCAAAGGCUCAUUCAUAUAAACAAACGGCAAGAUGACCACGCCAACCCCCAUGAAGCAUACUCUUUCCCAGCAGGGGAGCAGCAGGACGCCCUCACAGACACAACAAGGAGCAGCAGCCACCCCUCCUGUGUCAACUCCCUUUUCCAUGGCCCAUGCUGCUUUAUCCCCUCACGGUUCCCGUCUUUCGCCGCAGGCAUUCAAGAAGUCCCCGGCCAUUUCGGCUGCUGCCCUGCUAAAUCAUCCUACCAGCACCAGCGCUGUCAGCUUUGAUAGUCCCUCUGCUGCCGCUGCAUUUAGCAACUUGCAGCUGUCUGACCUGGAUUUUAAGAGCCUGGGUGGUCUGGCUGGCCUUCAAGUUGGGAGGAACACCGAGGAUGAAAAGGCCAAACGACUAGAUGAAGUCAUCUCCAUCCUCAGCCGAAACCGCGGUUACGUCAGUGAGGCCGGCCUUGAGAGACUGGCCCAAAAGCUAGAACUCGACUGCAUGUGGGAUGAGCAUAUCGCCGGAGAGUCGAAGCGAACCCUUAUCAUAGCUGGUUCAGCCCUCGAGCUUCUCAUAGGCUUCACAGACAACAUCGUUCAGUCACUUGCUUUGGCUUUUCCCGAGUCUUCGGAUAGUGUCAACAAGCACGCCGAAGAUGCAGGAAAGAUCCUUCUGGAGAACCUCAAGCUUCAGCCCGGCCAAAGUCCAUUGACCAAGCAACUCGACAAGUUUUCUGUCAACUUUGAGCGUCUGGCCAUCUUGGAUAAGCUGAGCAUUGCCUCGGUACUUAACCUGUACGAGGCUAUUGCCGGGGUCUUUGACAGCCUGAGCCGGUUGCAUCAGUGGGAGCUACAAAAGAUUCGUGAGGAUGCGUCCCUUGCUGGACGGAGUGAUGAGUAUCUUCGCAACAUCGUCCUCUGUACACGCAGCGGAACUCCUGCGAUGAACGCCAGGGGCAAAGUAGGCAUGAGAAUUGACUACUGGAAGAACAAGCAUCUUCAGCCCCCAGCAAACCCAGAGAUGGCCGCCCAUGUUGAGAAGCACGAAAAGAUCUGGGGAAUCCUUGUCGGAUGUGCCCCCAUCAACAUGAGUCUCGAUGUGAACGUCCAUCCGGUUCGGGCUUCUCACCAUUGGAUCUCCGAGAAUGUUGAGAGGCCUCAUAUUCCUGGAGAUCUACAAACGGGUCCUAUGGUUGACUGGCUCGAGCCCGAAGAUACACUCGUUCCACCAGAUCCUGAAAAGGCUGGGGAUUCUCUCCUGGGCCCGCGUCUGCCCUCGGUCACUUUCAGCGCCACUUUCGAUCCUCCUAUCCAUAUCUCUUAUGGUCUAUGGGAACAGUUCCGGAGUAUGGGCAUUGGAAUACCAGCCAUGGAUGCGUCAAAGUCCUUCGAUAACCUCGUGUUCCCCAUAGCACCCGGCGGCUACUACGACCCGACUGAACCACGAGAAAUCCACUACACCAAGGACAUCAAGUACCAGUUACCAGGCUCACCAGCUUGGAAGUCGAGGAAACACGCCAACUCACUCUACAUCUACAAACCAGUAUACGGCAAGACCUUAACCGAGGCCUCCUUCUCACACCCGCAGCACCUCAUCGCCAUGCUGCCCUACCUCAGGCAAUACGCCUUCCUCUCCACCCUACUAGAAAACAGCUUUAAAGAAGACUCCGGUCCCAAACGGGCUCCUCCCCAGACCAUCAUCCACCUAGACUCCCUCUCCAAAAAGACCACCACCAACCGCGACGAAUUCGACCGUUUCAUGAGCCUCUCCCCCGCCACCAUCAAAUCUCCUAGUGACGAUGCCCCAACACCAAUGGACAUCUCCACCUCCAUGUCCAUCGACCCCGUCUCCCAACCCAACCACAGCCACAACCUCAGUGGCACCGUCCCCAUGUCCAUCGACGGCGCCUCCCAACAGCUUCUCCCCUCCCAAGCCGCCCACUCCCAACCCAUUUCCCACUUCAACACCCAAGCCCCGCCCACCGGCGGCCCCAACAACCACACCAUCACCUCUGGACCCUCUGGACCAGACCCAGAAGCAAUCAAAAUAGACAUCAACCUAACCAUGGUCCACGCUCCGCGGCUACAAAUCGCCUUCCCCUUCCGCUCUUCGGAAACCGCCAUUGUCGUGCUCGAGAUCCGCGAGAACGGGCAAGUACAUGUGGAAUCGCAGAACGUGCUCGACGAGCGGAACAGUGUGGCGCCGAAUGGAAGGGAGAGGCGGGUGGAGGAUCUGGGCAAGAUGUUGGAGACGGUGGAGGAUAUUGGGAAGUGGGUUGAGUUUGUUAGGACUAGGUGGGCUUAGGGUGUCCAAGGGGCGAGGGGGGUGAGGAGAUGGAGAUGGAAAUGAUGGGAGAUGGGGAUGGAGAGGGGGAGGGAGAGGGGGUUGGAAAGGAAGAGGAAAG